AAACCUCCAACCACCAAUCGUCACUUAACGGGAAAAUGGAAAUCUUCUAUCUCUUUUGCUCUAUCCUAUCGGCCUUCUUCACUUCCCUCGCUUUCUCCCUCCUCCUCCCCUUCCGCUUCCUACUCCCGCGCCAGUGCCGCCCGCCUCCACUCUCCACAACCGAAAAUGAACACGUUUCUCUUUACGAGGGCACCGUAUGGCACGAGCGACGCCGCCCCGUCCGCCACUCCUUCCGGUACUCUGUCCGCUACGCUCUCUUCGACCUCGAUAACGCUCCCAAAGCGCCGCCCGACCACCUUUCCGCCAACGAGGCUCGUAGGACUGCCGAAACCACCGGCCCAGUUUUUCUACUAACAAUUCCUCCAAGCGUGGGAUAUGAACAAAAUCCAUUGAGUUUAUAUUAUUGCUAUGAUUUGGAGGGAUCCACUAAGCUUUUGAAGAAGUGCAUUGCUGAGGUAACAAAUACACCGUGGGGCGAAAGGGUUAGGUUUGUCUUGGACCCAAAUUCUGAUUUAGUGGCCAAACCAUUGCAUGUGAGCCCUUUUAUGGAUAUGCGUGGGAAUUGGAGUGUUAAAGUAAAUGCUCCUGGGGAUAAUUUACUAGUUGCAAUUUCUGUCCAACACCCCGAGCUUGGUGACUAUUUUCUGGCUACCUUGAAAGCUAAAAGAAUCUCCCCAGCAUUGGUGCAUGAUCAUGCACUAUUUUUCUGGUUGAUGCCUCAUAAGGUUGCCUUAUGGAUAUAUUGGCAUGCUAUAAAGCUAUGGUGGAAAAAUGUGCCUUUCAUACAACACCCAAGGUACACUAACCCAUCAUACAGGGAGGAAGCUUUGAAGCAUGAUAGAAAACUGCAAUGCUGUCGAGCAGUGGGAGAGAAGAAAGAUGAAUUCAUGCAGGUUGGAGGAAGUUGUCCAGGAAUUGUGGCUGAGAGAAAUCAUGGGGAACGAUUGUUUGUAUGGAGAGAUGCUAAGUGGCCAUGGACUUGAAUGCCAUGAGUGAGCUUUUUUUCUUGGCCGUGUAUGUAAGGUGACAUUGUUUUCUCUUUCACUUUGCUCCACCACUGUGUUUUGUUACAAGUAAUGUUGGGCUUGCAUGCCAAUCAAAAGAAGAAAUAAUGAUCUAUUAUUAGACUGUGGUAUAUGAGUGUGAUAUGUUAACUGUCAUGGAGUCUUUUCUCUUUUGUAGAAAAGAAGCAUGUACUACUGGUUGUUCACAUAAGGCAAUUUAUAGGAGGUGGCCAAAUCUUGCUUUUGAAGAGCUUAAUUGCCUAAA